ACAACGCGAGAAAAAUUAGUAUUUUUGCACUUCACAAAUUAAUGACCAUGAGCUCGUUUUUGAUAAACUCCAACUACAUCGAGCCCAAGUUCCCUCCCUUUGAGGAGUACGCGCAGCACAGCGGCCCGGGCGGCGAAGACGGCGGCCCGGGCGGGGGCCCCGGCUACCAGCAGCCCCUGGCGCCCCCGACCCAGCACCUGCCGCCGCAGCAGCCCCAGCUCCCUCACGCGGGCGGCGGCCGAGAGCCCCCUGCCUCCUACUACGCGCCGCGGACCGCCCGCGAGCCCGUCUACCCUGCCGCCGCGCUGUACCCCUCGCAAGGGGCCGCGGACACCGCCUACCCCUAUGGCUACCGUGGCGGCGCGAGCCCCGGGCGGCCGCCCCAGCCUGAGCAGCCCCUGGCGCACGCCAAGGGCCCGGCGCACGGCCUGCAUGCGAGCCACGUCCUGCAGCCCCAGCCGCCGCCGCCCCUGCAGCCUCGCGCUGUGCCCCCAGCGGCCCCGCGGCGCUGCGAGGCGGCCCCCGCCACCCCUGGCGUCCCGGCAGGGGGCAGCGCCCCCGCGUGCCCGCUGCUCUUGGCCGACAAGAGCCCGCUGGGCCUGAAGGGCAAGGAGCCCGUAGUGUACCCCUGGAUGAAGAAGAUCCAUGUCAGCGCCGUCAACCCCAGUUAUAACGGAGGGGAGCCUAAGCGCUCUCGAACCGCCUACACCCGGCAGCAGGUUUUGGAGCUGGAGAAGGAGUUCCACUUCAAUCGCUACCUGACCCGGCGGCGCCGCAUCGAGAUCGCCCACACGCUCUGCUUGUCCGAGCGCCAGGUCAAGAUCUGGUUUCAGAACCGGAGGAUGAAGUGGAAGAAAGACCACAAACUGCCCAACACCAAGAUGCGAUCCUCCAAUUCAGCCUCGGCCUCUGCCGGCCCACCAGGGAAAGCACAAACUGAGAGCCCUCACCUCCAUCCCCACCCCCACCCGAGUACCUCCACACAGGUUCCCUCCUCCAUAUAAUCUUCUAGAGACCUUGACCAGUUUCUAUCCCUUACUUGCUUUUCUCUUCUCUUCUCUUGCUCCUUUCCUCAUCCACCCCUCCCCAUCCGGACCAUAAUACACACCAAAACAAACCCAAAUUGGUGAAAAGGAUAACCAAAAAGAAGACAUUAUCCGGGUAAGAGUGUGUGCUGGUUGCCACCCAAGAGAGGACAGUUGUCCAGGAUGCUGGUUGGUGGAACAACCUGCUGGCCUGAAACAAGGCUGCCAGGUGUGGAUACCUGAGAAGGACUGCUUGGUAUCAAAUACUUUUGAGAUGGCUACAGUCAGCUAGCUGGACAGCCCAUGCUGACUGGGGAUGUAUACUUGCAUCUUUGUUGAAAGCAGAAGAAAACAGACUCUUUCCCCACCUUCCUUACCUCCUCCUCCCCCAUUAAGGCAGCUCAUCCAAGCUUGUAUUGAACUGAAUAAAUGAGUAGACACUGUGGACCUCACAAGAUUAUUUAAUUCUUAAGAUGUGUAGACCUUGAUGGUAGGUGUGACAUGUUAGUUUUCCUUACUUGCAUUUAUUUAAGAUACUGUUACAGAGAUACUGUUGUCCCCUUCUGGGACACAGUCUUUGGGGAGAGGGGAGUGCAUUUAGACUUAUGUGGAACUGUACAAAUUGUGAUGUGGCUAUAUAGAAAGCCAUGUGCUAAGAAUAAACUCCAUUUAAAAAACAUUAAAAAUCUAAGAUUCAUGUGUUUUCUAAGCUUUUCAUUAAGAAAACAAAAGUCCUCUGGAUUGAGAUACUUGACCUUUCAUGUAAAAACCUUGUAGAUAGCUUGAGCUGUAUUCACUUGGAUUCUGACAGCUCCCAUAAUUUGUGUGUGAGAGUGUAUGUAUGUAUGCUCAACUUGAGCUGAACUCUUGUCAAGCUUGGCCUACUGUGGAAAAGUUCCAAAGAGCAGGAAGGCUCUUGAGCUCUGAGAGGGCUCCUCUUCUUCCCAAACUUGGCCAGUCUUUCAGGCUUCAAGUCUCUGUAAGGCAUAGAAACGUGUCCUUCUCUGCAAUGAAAGUUGAAACCGUGCAGUGCUGUGGGCCCAGGAGUUUCUGCAGCUGUUCUACACACUGAACUCUGAGCACACUUGGAAAGAAGUGGUCUCUUUGGUAUUUAUUGCACCUUCACACUUAAUCUGCCUGUUUCCCUGGAGAUAAAAAAUAGUUCGUGCAAAGGGUUGAGAUUACUUUUUGUUUCUUGGCUGUUCUUAAGGUCCUCUUCACUAACUACAGACUAGGAAUUUUUGUUUGUUUGCUUGGUUGUUUCUCUUUUUUGAAGAAGGAGCUUUCAAAUAAACUGAAUUUUACAAGGACACUCUCCAAAGUUUCUCCUGAGGAAAGAAAAAGCAUAAUAUACCCCCAAAGUUCACCCCAUGCAAAGUAGACCUGGGAGAGUUUACUGCUGGAAAAUAGCCAAACUCUGAAUUAGGGUCACUUUCCUCAAAUGCUUUGUGAUUUUUCUGCUCAAUUCCAGAGAUCUAGAUCCAAAAGGCUGAAAAUCAAAACCCACUUCUCAAUCUCUAUAACCCUAGUAUUUGUUUACUGAUUUAGAUUUGGUGCUUACUGCAGGGAGUUCCCUACAAUAAGACAGCAAAAACCAGUGCGCACUAGCCCCAGAAUAUUAGAACUGUCACCUGGCCUUGAUAAAGUGCAGCUUUUAGGUUAUGUAGUAAUUUUAGCAUAGAUGGGAGUAGGUACUCACCUGCCUCUGCAACAUCAGAGAGUUUUUAAACACAUUUUUUUUUCAUUAGUGGCAAAACCCUUUAACCACUGUCAGAGCUGUUACCCCUUUCACCCCUGCUGCCCUGUGUAUGAUACAAACAAGGGUGAUCAGUUCUAUACCCACAAAUCAGAUUUGAGAGGAAAGUGAUAGAUACCAGUCUCUGAGGAGCCAAGAAAAUUUGGGAGCAAACAAAUACACACAUACCUUCCCAAAUCAGGAGAAACCUGGCAUAAAGUGCAUUUUAUAAGGUGUGAACGGGUGCCAGGAAUUUCUGGAGGCAAUGUAACUGCUGCUGAAACUUAUUAACCCUCCCCCUACUACACACACUUGUAAAACAAAAUUAAAUCACGCUGAAAAUAGCAAUUUUCCCAGGAAUCAUUAAUCACCUCAAACAAUAAAUACUUCUUUGUAAUUCAACAGCAAUUCUGAAAGGCAUUCUCUGGGAAAAGUCUGUGGAAGAGAGAGGGAUCUUCUUGCAAAUAAUGUGGUCUCAGGCAAGGACACAGCAUCUUGGCUGUCUGCUAAAAAAAAAAAAUGCCUAGACUCUCAGUGGAAAUUGAGUGUCAAGCUGCAAAAUCUCAAAUGGCAGACUAUCAUCAUUUAAGAGCGCCUGGACACCGGAAAAGGCGAUUCCCUGAGCGCCUGGAGUUGGAGACAAUUUCUGGUUCAGAUUUAAACAUCUUUCUAGGUAAGCGCUGCUCCAAAACUCUUCGCCGCGUGGGACUUUGCACCAGGGCGGCUGGGAGGAGUUGGCCCUCCACGGUUCCUGGCAACUGCGGCCUGUUGAAAGAGGUUCUGGUCAAUAUUUAACUUCAGAGGAGUUUGGAAUUGGAUUCCUUUAAGCUUCUUGCCCUGCGAAUGCGGGGCGUCAGGCAGACAAAGAGCCUACCCCAAAGCUAGCGAUGGGCAGGAGAAGCGGUUGCAGAAGGCAAAGAUGGGUUGUGGAGAGUCAGAGGGGGUGUGCUUGUUUCUUCCUGCAAGCUCCAAACCACCACACUGAACUUCAGGGCAAAAGCAAGUAAAGGCCACGGGCACGGGCGCGGCGGCCGCUGCGUGGGCUGCUUUCCUUGUCGACUGAGGCGACUGAGGAGGCUGGGAGGAGUGAAGGGGAGGAAUCACAUCAUGCACAGCCGCCUGCAGCUGCUGUGAGUCCUCACACUUAGGCACAGCCAGCUGAAGACCCAUUCUCCAGGAACAAAAGAAUAUGGCCUGAGGAUCUCACUAGCCUCAGAGCAUUCUCAGAAGUUCAGAAACUAAGACCAGAAAAGAGAAGAUUUUUAGACGGCUCAUGAAAGGGUACAGUGUUGAAAUUAGUGAGCAAAGUCACUAGGCAGAAGGCAGGAGUAGGGGUGGAAUCAGGGGUGGGAGCAGCUUAUUUGUUUCAGUUAGGUUCUUCCUGAGCACAGUUGGUUCUCUACUGGUUUUCUGCUCAAGAUUAUUUUGAGAGUUCUGAAGGGGGCUCUUUCUCAUCUUUGAGUUUAUGUCUCUAUAGGAACUUGUGUGGGGAUGGGGGUAGAAUUUGCUGGUGGACACAGAAUUGUCUUGGAAAAGUGGGUGGACAGACCUGCCUGUGGAGAGGUCCCAGAUUGCCUUGCCUUGUUAACUUAAGGCACUCCGGUGAAGGUUGAUUCUUUCUUUUCCUUUUAUUUUCUUUUUUUUGGGGGGUGGGGGGAGGGUCUCUUGCAGAGCAAUUAGAUCAUUUCCUCUGAUAUUUUUCAUAUUUAGAAACCUAUAAUUCCAUGUAUCACUCAGCUGUGUACUGAGGAAAUGCUUAAGUGCAAGUUUGGUCAGGGCACUAGGUUUCUCUAGAUUUUGCAAAACCCAGACCCGCCACUCUAUAGCCAAGCACAUCUUUCCUAGUGGGCUCCCACUGAACAGAACCAACUGGACUUGGAGGAGAUGCUUUAACCUUUUGUCAGGUAAUUAUUGUCCUUUUUGGUUUCUCUAGUGGCUGUGGUGUAUGGUGUGCGUGUUAGCAAAUUCCAUACAAUGGCAGGCUGUGAGGAAGUCCGCUGUCCAGGUCAGUUAUUUCUGGGCCUGCCCCUUGCCUUUUGAUAUACUGGCCUGCCGGCCAGAGGAGACUGGGGUGCAUGGGUGUGCAGGAUCCAGCUUGUCCGUGGGUGGGAGGCUGUAAGGAAAGUUAAAAGGAUUUUUAAAAUGUGAAUAGCAUUGCUGUACCCUUGUAUUUGGAAUGUGUGUAAAGAAAUGUAAGUGGAGAUAAGCUUGUAUGUCUUGCAUGGCAUUCAUAGGGAGAUGGCUCCCAGCAUCCUAUUGCUUAGACAGAACUCUUAAACUCAAAACUGCUGGUCAAGGUUCCCCACCUACCCUCCCCCAAAGCUAAAUAUUCUGUUUGGCAACCUAGUUCCUUCAGUGGUUCCAUAUUUCAAAUAAAAGGAUUUAAGUUGACGUAUGACCACGUGAGCACAUAAUACAGCGCAUUAUUGUGGCAUUUGGAGCGGAGACCCAGGCAGGCUUCGCCUGUGAUUACGUUUUCUAGAUUCUCUACAGAGCCAGAGCUUUCCCCCAACCCCCACGCACCCACCUCCUCCUUCUUCUUCCCCUUCUCCGGAGAGCGCUCUCUGAGCCGAUUGCAGUUUUCAGCACUCAUGGAGCGGUUCUGGGCGAGUUAGCCGAUGGAAGUCGAGGCCAUACCAGGAGGAUGGAAUUUAUUUUAAGGUAUUUCCGCUGAUUGUUCAUAUCUAGAGUGAGUUAUGGCUGUGAGAGACAAAGGUCAGGCGAGGAGACCCUGGCUCAUGGACAGGACCCUCAGCCUCUCUCUUCCUUUGUUUCUCUUUUAGAACCGAAACCAUAUGAAAGAUUCCCGGUAGCGCCUCAGACUCUGAGUUUAAUUCCCUGGAAAGUGUUGGGGGUGUAAAGGAGGGGGCACUAGGGGGGCACCGAGGUGGGCCCAAUGGCCCCCAGUGCAAGGGUGGCUUUGUCCAUUGUAGCAGGGCACGGCUGGAGUCUCAGGAGCUGAUCCCCAGGCAGAAAGAGGGUACCGAAGCCAGGUGCAGGCUGAGGUGGAUCGGCUUGUAGGGCUAGACUGCCUGGGAGGCAUGGGGGAUGGGUGGGUGAGAAGAGGAAUCUCUCCUCCAUGGUGGUGUUUUCAGGCAGGGGAUGGAGGGUUAGGGCUGACCUGAGCAGCCUGAGCAGCUGGAAGAGGGAAAUCGAUGAGGGAAAUGUGCAGAUGCGCUGCCAUUUUAUUGAUGAUGCUUCCAGGCACUUUGUUUAGUGCCAGAUUGCAGAGCAUGCUUCCCCACAAGCCGGCCCCAAGGAUCUGAACUGGAGGGCCCGCCAUUGUUUCCCUGAGCACCCUCUGCCCCAGAGGGCUGAAGAAAGACAGCUCAGACCUAGGAGAGCCUUGGGGUGGGGUGAGCAUGCUGGAUGCCCAGGGGCUCCUUAUUCUAACAUUCAGGAGACAGAGGAAGGAGGGAGCCAGGAUUAGGUUUGGACUUCAUCAGUGUGCCUGAUCUGGGCAUUCCUUGUAUACCCCCAGCUAGCUUGGAGAGUUCCAGAACUGGCCAGUGGGGCCUGGGUUGGAGGGAAGUCCAGAGACAAGAAUCCUCAGGAAGCAGAGGCAGACAUCUCUCCACUUCAUAGCCCCCAAAACAGAGCUGUAGCCAGGGUGGAGGCAGAUGAAAGUUAAACUGCAUGUUUCCAGAUUAUUGGGAAUGCCCCAGCUAAUUGGGCUUUGGGGACCCCACACUCCAGGGAAGGGUGGAAACUCCCUGGAAAGUGCAGGAAACUCUACUUUAUUCUGCUCCUUGGAGUAGGGAAAGGGAUGCUUAUAAGGAGUCAGAGGUUGGAUUUGCCCCUUUGACUUCUUAAAAUAUAGAUUAUUUCUUUCCGUACUUGAAAAAAAAAAUCAAAUCAGGCAUCCCCUACUUGAGUGGGAUUUACUACCCCAGAACGAAAGGGCCCUUCUGCUCUCCCCAGUGCCGGCCUCAGCAGUAACCAUGUUUAACUGAGGCCCUUUCAAGUGCUCUAAAACACCCCUUGGAAAUAAAAUGUAAGCUUUAAUUGCUGUUCAAUUACUUGUCAGCAUUUCAUAUGAUUUAUGACCUAGUUCUGGCGCAUUUUUGACCCAGUUAAAGACUCAUAAAUAAUAUAGUUUUGCUAGAAAGAAUGAGAGAGAGAAUAGAGGUCUGUUAGAGGCAUCUUUUUAUUGUUGCUUCAGUGCCAGCAAGCUGAAUAAAUAUCUAAGGAUGGACUCUGGUUCUAUAUAAAAGCAUGCACAGUGAGAAGCCAAGAGCCACAUUUAUAGAGCUCAGAUUGUUUUUUCCUCCCAUGAAAGUGCUAAAGUCAGUCCAUUAUGUAUAAACUAUGAGAUAUCAAAAAAGGCUGGUUCCCUUCUACCUCAAAAUGCCAGCUUCACCCUCACAAGCAAGUACAUUUCCUCAAUAAUAUUCCUCCUUAUUCUGUGAUUUUGAUACCUCUUCUUACCCACGAUAUUCCUCACCUUCCUCCCUGGCUGCACAGCCUUGGAACCGCCAGAGGCCCUCUUAGACGCCUUCAGGAGGACACCCCCUUGAACGGUAGAAAGGCACCACGGGCACCUUUGCUGCUCCAAGUAUUCUUCUAGUGCUGAGAAAAAUCUUUUCUUCUAGUUCCCCUAGAUGAGAGAUCGGGAGCCAUGGGGAUUUGGGGGAAUUGGUGGAACCAAGGGGU